GCGCGUGGAGAGCGUGGGCUCGCCGGUGAGGCGGGCCCGCUGUGCUGCUGCGCGGCCGCUCUCCCCGGAACCGAACCUGCUUCCCGAAGCCGCCCUCGCCGCCCGGCCGCGGCACCAGCCGCGCCUGCGCAGCGCCCCGGACCGAGCGGGCCGAGCCGGCGGCCAUGGCGCACCGCUGCCUGCUGCUGUGGGGCCGGGGCGGCUGCUGGUCUCGCGGCCUCCCGCCGCUCCUCGCUCCUGGCGGCGGCGUGGGCCCCAGCGAGCGGCUCCGCCUCCGGACGCUUUAUCGAUACGCAACAACUCAAGCAACAGCCAGGAGAGAUUCUCUUUUGACAGAUGUAAUUGCUGCUUAUCAGAGAUUGUGUUCUCGACCUCCAAAAGGAUUUGAAAAAUACUUUCCCAAUGGAAAAAAUGGAAAAAAAGCUAGUGACUCUAAAGAAGUUAUGGGAGACAAAAAAGAAUCGAAACCAGCUGCUACCCCACGCUCUUCAGGAGGAGGAGGUGGUGGAAAACGAGGUGGCAAGAAAGAUGAUGCUCACUGGUGGUCCAGGUUCCAGAAGGGUGACAUUCCAUGGGACGACAAGGAUUUCAGGAUGUACUUUCUCUGGACUGCUCUGUUUUGGGGAGGAAUCAUGUUUUACUUCCUGUUCAAGAGCUCUGGGAGAGAAAUUACUUGGAAGGACUUUGUCAAUAACUAUCUUUCUAAAGGAGUAGUAGACAGACUGGAAGUUGUCAACAAGCGUUUUGUUCGAGUGACUUUUACACCAGGAAAAACUCCUGUUGAUGGGCAAUACGUCUGGUUUAAUAUUGGCAGUGUAGACACCUUUGAGCGGAAUCUGGAAACUUUACAACAAGAAUUGGGCAUAGAAGGGGAAAACAGGGUGCCUGUUGUCUACAUUGCUGAAAGUGAUGGUUCAUUUCUACUGAGCAUGUUGCCCACAGUGCUCAUCAUUGCCUUUCUACUGUACACCGUAAGGAGAGGGCCUGCUGGCAUUGGUCGAUCCGGCCGAGGGAUGGGUGGACUCUUCAGUGUUGGAGAAACCACUGCCAAGGUCUUAAAGGAUGAGAUAGAUGUGAAGUUCAAAGAUGUGGCUGGCUGCGAGGAGGCCAAGCUGGAGAUAAUGGAAUUUGUGAAUUUCUUGAAAAACCCAAAGCAGUAUCAAGACCUAGGAGCAAAAAUCCCAAAGGGUGCCAUUCUCACUGGUCCUCCAGGCACUGGGAAGACACUGCUAGCUAAGGCCACAGCCGGAGAAGCCAGUGUUCCCUUCAUUACUGUCAGUGGAUCUGAGUUUUUGGAGAUGUUUGUUGGUGUGGGUCCAGCUAGAGUCCGAGACUUAUUUGCCCUCGCUCGGAAGAAUGCCCCUUGCAUCCUCUUCAUCGAUGAGAUAGACGCGGUGGGGAGGAAGAGGGGAAGAGGCAACUUUGGAGGGCAGAGUGAGCAGGAGAACACCCUUAACCAGCUGCUUGUGGAGAUGGAUGGUUUUAACACCACGACGAACGUCGUCAUUUUGGCAGGCACCAACAGACCGGAUAUCCUGGACCCCGCGCUGCUGAGGCCGGGGCGCUUUGACAGGCAGAUCUUUAUCGGACCACCAGACAUAAAAGGAAGAGCCUCUAUUUUCAAAGUUCACCUCCGACCACUAAAACUGGACAGCAGCCUGGAGAAGGAGAAACUGGCAAGAAAACUGGCAUCCUUAACUCCAGGAUUUUCAGGAGCUGAUGUUGCUAAUGUCUGUAAUGAAGCUGCUUUGAUUGCUGCGAGGCACCUGUCAGAUUCCAUAAAUCAGAAACACUUUGAACAAGCAAUUGAGCGAGUGAUUGGUGGCUUAGAGAAAAAAACUCAGGUUCUGCAGCCCGAGGAGAAGAAGACUGUGGCGUACCAUGAAGCAGGUCAUGCAGUUGCCGGCUGGUAUCUGGAACAUGCAGACCCACUCUUAAAGGUAUCCAUCAUCCCACGUGGCAAAGGAUUAGGUUAUGCUCAAUAUUUACCGAAAGAACAGUACCUGUACACCAAAGAGCAGCUCUUGGACAGGAUGUGCAUGACUUUAGGCGGGCGAGUCUCCGAAGAAAUCUUCUUUGGAAGAAUUACCACCGGUGCUCAGGAUGACUUGAGAAAAGUAACUCAGAGUGCGUAUGCCCAGAUUGUUCAGUUUGGCAUGAAUGAAAAGGUUGGGCAAAUCUCCUUUGACCUCCCACGCCAGGGGGACAUGGUACUGGAGAAACCUUACAGUGAAGCCACCGCGAGACUAAUAGAUGACGAAGUACGGAUACUUAUUAAUGAUGCUUAUAAAAGAACAGUAGCUCUGCUCACAGAAAAGAAAGCUGAUGUGGAGAAGGUCGCUCUUCUAUUAUUAGAAAAAGAAGUGUUAGAUAAGAAUGAUAUGGUCGAACUUUUGGGCCCCAGACCAUUUGCAGAAAAAUCUACUUAUGAAGAAUUUGUGGAAGGUACGGGCAGCUUGGACGAGGACACCUCGCUUCCUGAAGGCCUUAAGGACUGGAACAAAGAGCGGGAAAAGGAGAAAGAGGAGCCCCCAGGGGAGAAAGUCGCCAGCUAGAUGCAAGGAGGGAGGCUGUUUUAGUCUAUCCUCUGUGGGUUCGGCUUGCACAUAUUUCCUGGCUUUCAGAAGAGUGAGAGCGCUGCCAAGUAGAUUGUAGCCAAGUACUGACCCAGCUGAAGUGAUGGGGAAAGGAGUCCUUGACGCUCAGCAUCAGAAGUCACAGAGGGAUGACCAGGGACUUUGAGGGCUUCGAGGGAGACUUGCACUGUCCCACAGCCUCACCGGGCUCCCAGAUGGCAGCUGGAACAGUCGAGCCCAGCAUCACUGAGGCUGGGCCCUGUGGCACCAUCCCGAGGCCUGGCCGGGCGUGUGCCAGGAUAGUUCAGGGAGAGUGGGUGCUCGACAGCGUGGGGGAAGGUAUUUUUCUCUUUUCGUCACCCAGUCCGUACUACUGUUUGUCUUCAGUUUCCCCCUGCAAAUGGACUGUGAAAUUAAAUUGGAGUCUUGGAGUCUUGAUAAGAAUAUUUUAAUUUGACUUAAUAUUUUAAAAUUUGAAUCAGAUCACUUGUUGCUGUCUUAAUGGAAUGAUUUUCUACAGAGAGCUGUAACAUUUAAAAAUAUGAAUGUAUUAUGUAAAUAUGGCUUCUUUACAUGAAAAAUAAAAUGUAAACACUGUG